AUGAUCCAAUAUCGCAACAUAAUCCAGUCGGCACUUCGCCAAUCUUCAACACAGACACGAAGUUGUUGGCGCCCAGCGGUUCGAAACGUCAGCACCGCGGCACAACCAAAUGCCUCACGAGCAACAUCGCGUUGGACGCGCCGCCUAAUCUAUGCAGGCAUCUUUGGCACACUUGGCGUCGGUGCAGGGAAAUGGCUGGACAACAAAAUUGCAGCGCCACCGGCUCCUGGGUCGUUAGAGGACCUGAUAGAGCUUCAGGAAAUGCAACAGGCGUUCGACAUUGGACUCCCCAUUGUGCAGGAGCUGCGCCGUAACCCCGACUACGUGGAAAAAGACGUCUACGAAAAUUUUGCGGAUACGCACAAAACCCAUCGACUGACUUCUGGCCCCAUGGCGGGUAGUAGGGGCUUGGGAUUACAGAAAGUUUUCUGGAAUGAGAAAGAGAAGAAAAUUGUUAGCGUGGUCUUCUUGGGACCAGGCCUUGAAGGCUGGCCAACUAUGGUCCACGGCGGCGCGCUUGGCACGGUGGUCGAUGAGAACAUGGGGCGCAUAGCCAUUCGGCAUUUCCCAGCGCGAACAGGGGUCACUGCCAACCUGGAGCUCGACUACCGAGCACCAGUCUAUUCGGACAAUUUUUAUACCCUGCAUACAAGCCUGGAUCAGGAACGGAGUACAGAUACCAAAGCCUACGCCAAGUGUGAGGUCCGUGACAUGGCAGGCCGACUUUGUGUCGAAGCAACGGGACUUUUCGUUGUUCCCAAGAAACUCAAGUUGAGCAUGAUUGGAGAAUAUUUCUAA